AAUUUUCAACAAAGUACGUGUAAAAUUUCCACAGAAGAGGCUCGAAAAAACCGACCGAGCUUGAUCUUAGUCAUGCUACUAUAUCCAUGGCGUUUUUUUCUUCUUAAUAUUUUUUCAAUUAAAAAAAAUAGUUUUUUUUUUUCAUUACCAUUUCUCAGUUUUCAAUUUCAACUACAAGUUUUUCAAUUCCACUUUCCUUUUACUUUAAGCUUUUUUUUUCAUACUAACUGUAGUUUUUCUCUAUUAUUAUUAUAUAAUUAAUUUGUAACUAAGAAACUUUCAUAUUAUAAAGAAUCUUUCUUUACUUUUUCGAGGCUUUCGUAUUAAUCAAUAAUCAUCAUGUAUUGUGUAGAUAACGAUCACUGUUAACAAACUCUUUGUACCUUUUUUUUUUCCUUAUUUUGCUGUAACACAAAUUUCUUUGUUUUUUUUCCUCAAACACGAUUUCUCGAAGUAAUUUUGCUUGAAUCUUUGUAACCCAAAUCAGCAAAAGCUUCAUACUUUGGUGGGUAGUCUUUCAAUAACCUGGGUGGGAUCUUGAUCUCUGUGAAGGAGGGGUAUGGGUUCUGGUUCUCAGGAAUCUCGUCCAUGGACUUUAGAUGGUUUAAUAAGAGCCUUUAUUGAUCUUUUUGUUGCUUAUAUUCUACUAUGCAUAUCGACUUUUAUGUUCUUUGCAUCUAAUUUUUGGAGUAUGUUUGGGUUGGAAUUGCCAUGUCCUUGUAGUGGGGUUUUAGGGUACCAAAAUGGGUGUUAUUGCUGGCACAAUUUGCUUAUCGAUUGGCCAAUUAGAAAGAUCUACGAUGUUCAGAUGAGUGUGAGGAGUAAAUUUCCUUUUGAUUUGGUUUGGUCUCCACGAAAUAGUGGAAAUGGGUUUGUUGAGUUGGAAAGCGAAGCAUGUUGUUCUAGCCGUGGAGUUCAAAAUCUGGUUGAUAGAGAAAAUGGGUUUGAUUCUAAAGGAAAAAAGCUUGUGAAUUUAAAGCAAAGGACUGGAUUUCGUAGGCGUAGUAGGAGGGCUACUCUUGUUGGGUAUGGAAAAUUUGCCCCUGUUUUUCCAAAUGAGAGUUUGUCCUCUUCGGUUGCUAGUGUUGACCCUUUUGGUCCCCAAGAUGUUGUAAAUGCACCAAUUGGAAAUUACAAAGGUGAGGAGAGUUGCCAUAGUUUUGAAUUGAGUGGAUCAUUUGGUGAUAGUAACAACACUUAUGAGCAUCCGGUUUGCUCUGAUAAACACAUUAAUGUUACCGAAGAAAAGAGCGACGAAGCUGUAUCUGAAUUUGAUAAAGUUGGGAUUUUGGAGAGAGCUCUUGAAGAAGAGAAAGCUGCUUGUGUUGCUCUUUACCUUGAACUGGAGAAAGAGAGAGCCGCUGCUGCAAGUGCUGCGGACGAAGCAAUGGCAAUGAUAUCACGGCUUCAAAAAGAUAAGGCGUCAAUAGAAUUCGAAGCUAGACAAUCUCAGAGAAUGAUAGAGGAAAGGUUUGCUUAUGAUGAAGAAGAGAUGGAUAUUUUGAAAGAGAUUCUUGUGAAGAGGGAAAGGGAGAAUCUUUUCUUGGAGAAAGAAGUUGAGACAUAUAGGCGUAUGAGUUUUACAGGAGACGAGCAAUCGCAGGGUGAUUUUAGCGAGACAAUGGAUGAAUGGGGACAAAGGCCUUUAUCUUCACAUUAUUCAAGUCCAGAUUCACAACUAAUGCUCCAAAUGACAGUCAAUGCUGAUUCUGGCUAUAACCACAUGGAAAAUGAUGCAGAUUCUCUUUCAAUCCAUGAGGUUCCAAUUGUUGAGGAGCAAAUCGAUCCUAUUGGGCAUGACUUGGUUGACAAAACAGUACUUUUAGUAGGAAAAGAAGCCGAAGCAACCGAACACUGUACUGGUGAUGAGAAAAUAUUGUAUUGUGACAGAGAUGAGCUACAGAAAAACGAGACACCUAAGAACCAUGUUGAUAACAAUAUCUAAUUUGGUUGGUGAACUUAACAAUGAACGAAACUGGACUGAUAUUCUAACCCGAAAACAAAGAGACAAAAAAACCUGCAGAUUUGGAAAGUGGAUUAUGUACCUUGUUGCUUUGGAUGAACUAUGACAGGAAGUUGGUUACCAGCUCUGGAUAUGCAAAAACCUUUCAUUUUGAUUUGAGAAGAACUCUUUGUUUGCAGUUGUAACAUUGAAAUUCGAGACUUGAGAUCGCGAAUGAGGAAGGCCAUGACAAGUGAAAAACAAAAAAAAAAGGAAACUUUUUUCUAAGCAAAACAGGAAGAUGGGUGGUAAAUUCUUCAACAUCUAAGGUAAGUUCUUUACAUUUAGCAGUGAAUAUUGCACUUUCUUAAGUAUCUAUCUAUGCAUGUUUCGAAAUAGUUCGUACAGCAAUUCUAGCUAUGAGGCAAGAUUUUUUUGGCCAAACUCAAUAACAUAAGGGAUUAAUAGAGUUUCCCAGUAAAACAAAAAGAAGAGAUUGAUAGAGUCUCCAGUAAGUUUGUAUGUUUAAUAAUGUUUCCAUAACAAUGAAGAAACAAAACAUUAUUUGACAUGUUUACAGAGAUUAUAUAUUUAUACUAUCUUCAUUGGAUAGAGUUGAGAUGGUGGUGAAAUGAGAUUCUGCAUAUCCUUGAAAGUAAGAAUGAAAUAAUUCUUUAUAAGAAAAAUGAAUGAAAAUAUAGGUACUAUAAUUUUAUAAAAAUAUUAGAGAUAUAGUUGAAAUUUCAAGAAAAAAUAGGAUAUUAUAUUGUCUAAAUAUAUUUUAUUUAAAAAAAUCAUAAAAUUUAGUGAAAUAUAUAUUAUAAAACAAUUCAAUAUAUUUUAUAUAUUUUUAAAUAGAGAUAAUGAAAAAAUGGAACGAUUCCUGUGAUUCUCUGAAUUGAGAUAUGAAAAUGGAAUGAUACCUUGAAUUGAGAUAUGAUUCCAUUUUAGGCAGAGAUAUUUCAUAUUUAUUAUGUUAUUUUCAUAUCUCUCUUUUAUUAUUUUUAAAAACAAAUUAUACUAUUAAUCUUAAUUGAGAGGUAUCAUUCUUUUUUUUUUUUUCUUUUUUUAAUAUCAUAACAUAAUCUCAUUAUGUAAGUCCUUUCAAGUUAUUUAACCUUCAUUAACACUGGAAUUUUAUUAGAAAAAUUACAAAAAUGAAUAAAAACUUAGAAAGAAAAAAUAUGAAAAAUACAAAAAAAUUCUUAAAAAACAAGAAGGGCAAAAGUGUAAACAUGGAGUAACAAAAUUGUAGUAAGCUAUUUGACCUUCAUUAACACUAUAAUUAUUAACCCCUAGAAUUAACCCUUUUUUGUGUUUUUUUGUAGGGUUUAACCUUGGGAAUCCUAUGAAGAAGAUUUUUCAGAAAUCAUACAGUAACACUAUGUAUGGUGAUGAAUUACUUAUCUAUAAAUUUAACAUAUCAGACAACAUUAAUUGGGAUUUUUAGUUGGGUGUUGUUAGUUUUAAUAUGUGUGUAUAUAAUAUAUAUAUAUAUAAAUAUAUAUAUAUAUGUCUCUUCAACCUUUCUAUAUAUGUGAUCUGAAAUAAAAUUGGUGCCAAAAGGCUUUAAAGCUUUGUUUUUAA